CAGAAAGAGAGAAGUCUUGCUGCGAAAGAAAGUUCAAGAUUUGCUUGUUCGGAAGCCGGAAGCAUCGUCGCUGUGAUAAAACUUUUGGAAUGGAGCGGCUACAGAGGAUGUUCGCCGGUGCCGGAAGUUCAUUGGGGCACCCACCUCCGGACUCGCCCACUCUGGAUUCGUCGGAGCAGGUCUACAUCUCCUCGCUCGCGCUUCUGAAGAUGCUCAAGCACGGAAGAGCUGGGGUUCCCAUGGAGGUGAUGGGUCUGAUGUUGGGAGAGUUUGUUGAUGAGUACACCGUCCGUGUGGUCGAUGUAUUUGCUAUGCCACAGAGUGGUACCGGUGUUAGCGUUGAAGCUGUUGAUCAUGUAUUUCAGACCAAUAUGCUUGACAUGCUUAAGCAAACUGGACGUCCCGAGAUGGUUGUAGGAUGGUAUCACUCUCAUCCUGGAUUUGGAUGUUGGCUCUCUGGUGUUGAUAUCAAUACUCAACAGAGUUUUGAAGCUCUUAAUCAGCGAGCUGUUGCUGUAGUUGUGGACCCAAUUCAAAGUGUCAAGGGGAAGGUGGUUAUCGAUGCCUUUCGUCUAAUUAAUCCCCAGACUAUGAUGCUUGGCCAAGAACCACGACAGACAACAUCAAACCUCGGCCAUCUUAAUAAACCAUCUAUUCAAGCAUUAAUCCAUGGAUUGAACCGCCAUUAUUACUCCAUAGCGAUUAACUAUAGGAAGAAUGAGCUUGAAGAGAAGAUGUUGCUUAACCUUCACAAGAAGAAAUGGACUGACGGCCUAACACUUCGACGAUUUGAUACACACUCAAAAACUAACGAGCAGACUGUCCAGGAAAUGCUGAACUUGGCUAUUAAGUACAACAAGGCAGUGCAGGAGGAAGAUGAGUUGCCACCAGAGAAACUUGCAAUUGCAAAUGUGGGAAGGCAAGAUGCUAAGAAGCACCUGGAAGAACACGUCUCCAAUUUGAUGUCGUCAAACAUUAUACAGACGCUAGGAACGAUGCUCGAUACGGUUGUGUUUUAGAUGAAGAAAGAUCAG